AUGGAGCCUGCGACUGAGGAGGUCGCACCGGCUUCGGCAUCGGCAUCUUUGCCACAGCCACAAUCCCAGUCGCAGCUCUCCUCCCCGCACGAGAAUGGGAAAACCCCCGUCGUCGCCGAUAAGAACGUGUCCCUCGAUAACAAUGACAAUGAAAAUGCGCCCGACCACGAUAAUCGAAACGGCACUCCCAAUCCCGAUUCCACAACCCUAGAAAGCGCCGCAUCAAGCACAAAAUCCCGUCCCGUCUCCAGCGUCGUCCCACCCUUCUGGCAACGCCAUGAACGGUCGGUGUCGAGGGCAUCGCUGAGCUCGCUGGCGCAGAGCAGGAUUAUUCGGUUGGAGGAUCAUACGGCGGAUCCGGAUUCGGAGACGAGUCGGGGAUUGUGGGCGAGGAGUGUUGCUAUUGAUGAUCAUGUUGUUGUACAAGGGAAGAGUGGGGUGGGGUCUUAUGUUGUUUGGAAUUGUGUGAUUCAGACGCUUGAUGGAGGUCCGAUUGUUGUUCGAAUGAGAUACUCCGAAUUCGACGAUCUACGCCAAAGACUCGAAUCCGCAUUUCCACACGCUAGAAAUGCCCUUCCAGCUUUGCCCCCGAAAAGUGUACUCUUUAAAUUCCGCCCCAAAUUUCUCGAAUCCCGACGCAUCGGUCUAGAAUAUUUCCUCAAUUGUGUCCUCCUAAACCCCGAAUUCUCCAGCUCACCCAUCGUCAAGGACUUUCUCUUUGGUCGUUUGUCAUGA